CUCGACCGGGCCCCGACUCCCCUCCGGCACAUCGCCAGACCCGGGUGAUGGAGGGACCCAGCCCCCGCGGAGGGGGAAGGACUGGUGACCGCUCGGGGGCGAUUCUGGAGGAGGGACAGCUGGAGUCCGCCGACAGAAUCCGGGCGAGACUCUAUCCUGCCCCGUCUCCACACCGAGCCAGCGGAGGGACACCAGCCGGAGGGAAGAGAUCCUGCCGCACCCGGGAGGACGAGCUUGGCAUGGGGCAGAGCUGGCGUUCCGACCUACGGCUGUGGACGAAGAGCGGCGGGAGCAGCCAGCGACACGAGUUCUUCGCUUCAAGUAGACGCCGGUGGGACACCUCCACGUCGAGGCGAGGGACGAGGGAGGCUUGGGCAGGACGGGUAGAGAAAGGGGUCAGCGCGCGGUAGUCCAGGUCAGACCCCCACGGGGAGCACCAUGCACGGUUCCCAUCUCCGUAUCCCCCUGGGUCAGACCCACACAGCGGGAGCACCGUGCACAGUUCCCAUCUCCGUAUCCCCCAGGGUCAGUCCCACACACACCGGGAGCACCGUGUACAGUUCCCAUCUCUGUAUCCCCCUGGGUCAGACCCACACACCGGGAGCACCGUGCACAGUUCACGUCUCCGUAUCCCCCUGGGUCAGACCCACACACACGGGGAGCACCAUGCACGGUUCCCAUCUCCGUAUCCCCCCGGGUCAGACCCACACACACCGGGAGCACCGUGUACAGUUCCCAUCUCCGUAUCCCCCCGGGUCAGACCCACACACACCGGGAGCACCAUGCACGGUUCCCAUCUCCGUAUCCCCCCGGGUCAGACCCACACACACCGGGAGCACCAUGCACAGUUCCCGUCUCCGUAUCCCCCUGGGUCAGACCCACACACCAGUAGCACCGUGCACAGUUCCCGUCUCCGUAUCCCCCUGGGUCAGACCCACACACCGGGAGCACCGUGCACAGUUCACGUCUCCAUAUCCCCCUGGGUCAGACCCACACACCUGGAGCACCGUGCACAGUUCCCGUCUCCAUAUCCACCCGGGUCAGACCCACACACCGGGAGCACCGUGCACAGUUCCCGUCUCCGUAUCCCCCGGGUCAGACCCACACACCUGGAGCACCGUGCACAGUUCCCAUCUCCGUAUCCCCCCGGGUCAGACCCACACAGCGGGAGCACCGUGCACAGUUCCCGUCUCCGUAUCCCCUUUGGUCAGACCCACACACCUGGAGCACCGUGCACAGUUCCCGUCUCUGUAUCCCCCCGGGUCAGACCCACACACCGGUAGCACCGUGUACAGUUCCCAUCUCCGUAUUCCCCAGGGUCAGACCCACACACCGGGAGCCCCGUGCACAGUUCCCGUCUCUGUAUCCCCCGGGUCAGACCCACACAUCCGGAGCACCGUGCACAGUUCCCGUCUCCGUAUCCCCCUGGGUCAGACCCACACACCGGGAGCACCGUGCACAGUUCCCAUCUCCGUAUCCCCCCGGGUCAGACCCACACAUCGGGAGCACCGUGCACAGUUCCCGUAUCCGUAUCCCCCUGGGUCAGACCCACACCGGGAGCACCGUGCACAGUUCCCACCACUCUCUGUCCAAAAAAACAGGAGUUGCCCCCGAAAGUCCCCUUUAAUCCUUCCCCCUCUCAUACUAACCUUCUGUCCCCUGGUGCUGGACAUCUCCACCCUGGAGAGAAAGACUCACUUGUCUAUCUGCAGCUCCUGUCAACUCGCAAACCUCCCUCAGGUCUCCCCUCAGCCUCUCCAGAGAAAACAACCCAAGUUUGUCUAACCGCUCCACGCUCUCUGAACUCCUUGUGGACCCUCUCCAAAGCCCCCCUGCCCGUCCCUGUAACGGGGUACUCCCAGUCCGGCCCGACCAGAGUUUUAUACGGUUGUAACGUGACCUCCCGGCUCCUGGGCUCAGCGCCCGUCCGACGGAGGCAACCCUGCCUGGCGCCCUCUUUACUGCCCCCGUCUCCCCGUGGGGCCACUCUCACCCCCACCCCCCCGAGAUGCCUUCUGUGUGUGUUAAGAGUUAUUAACUGUGCCCUAACCCUUUACGUCUGCCCGCCCGAAGGGCAGAAACUCGCACCUGACCGGGUUAAACCGCACCUGCCGUUCCCCUCGAGCGCCCCAGUUUUCACCUGAGAUCUUUCUGCUCUGUGACCGGACCUUCUCUCCUUGGAGACCCGAUGCCGUUUGAUCCAGACAGAAUCCGGGCGAGACUCUAUCCUGCCCCGUCUCCACACCGAGCCAGCGGAGGGACACCAGCCGGAGGGAAGAGAUCCUGCCGCACCCGGGAGGACGAGCUUGGCAUGGGGCAGAGCUGGCGUUCCGACCUACGGCUGUGGACGAAGAGCGGCGGGAGCAGCCAGCGACACGAGUUCUUCGCUUCAAGUAGACGCCGGUGGGACACCUCCACGUCGAGGCGAGGGACGAGGGAGGGAGGGAGGCUUGGGCAGGACGGGUAGAGAAAGGGGUCAGCGCGUGGUAGUCCAGGUCAGACCCCCACGGGGAGCACCAUGCACGGUUCCCAUCUCCGUAUCCCCCUGGGUCAGACCCACACACACCGGGAGCACCGUGUACAGUUCCCAUUUCUGUAUCCCUCUGGGUCAGACCCACACACCGGGAGCACCGUGCACAGUUCACGUCUCCGUAUCCCCCUGGGUCAGACCCACACACACGGGGAGCACCAUGCACG